CUGAAACAACAGGUGCUAGGUGUUCCGCGUUCAGCAAACAAACAAUAACGGUUGCCAUAGUUUUUCAAACGUGUCAGGGUCACUCUCAAUAUUCUUCUGGUCGGCUGCUGAAGAACGCACCGUACAUAGAUCAAUAACUUAGAAGCUUAUCAUUAGAAACCGAAACCCCCAACUUAGCUUUAGGUAUCUGGAGUUGUCUUUUGCAUCUUUCACUGUUGGUGAAUCAUCUGAAGUCAGAAUACGGUAUUGGUUUUUUUGAUAUUCUUUUCUGAAGAAAGUCAUAGAGGGAGAACUAAAAGGGUUUUCAAUCCCCAUUUGAAGUCGUGCUCAGGAACGCAAGUCAUAAACUACAGUCAUGCCAUUUAUACCAUUUUCAUCAGCAAACUACAGAUCUUCAACUUCGAGCUCAUCAUUUGAUCAAGAUGGAUCGAAUCCCAUCCUAAUUGGCGCUAACGCCAACAGUAAUAACACGAAUUCAAGCUCGAAUGCCAACGGGAAUGGAACUUCCAAUAAUAGUAGUAACAAUAACAGCACAAACAACUCGCCUUUAUUUCAACAAGGGUCCUUUCCUUUACGUAGAAAGACCUCUGUUGGAAACGCUCUUUUUAGCCUGGUCAACUCAAUUAGACAACCAGCAAUGAGCCAGUCGUCCAAGGUUCCGAGAAGGAAUUCACAGUCCUCACACUCCCGCUCACGUUCUGCAUCCAUUCCACUAUCAAAGCAAGCAUCCAACCCCGGUAGUGAUCGAGGCCAUGAGAAUAAUAGCAGUGAUGACUUAAACAGAGCACGAGAAGAGGUUGAGAGCGCCAACCCCUUUCCCAUCAGCCUUGCGCCGGAGCUGAUUCAGCGAAUUGAAACAGAGGGUACCAGUACGAGGACGAAUAAUUCUGCUCCUGCUUCUCGAAAGGGUAAUAAAUCUGAUCCGCAGCUAACCACGAUUCUUAGUGGGGGUCAUGCGGCUGCUGAUCAAAAUGGAGAAGAGGCAGAGUUAGGAGAAGAGGGAGAAGAAGAAAAUAGGGGAGAAGUAAAUGCGGAAGUGGUGCCGAUGGCACAGGAAACCAGGGCAAAUUCUGAGCUGAAUGACUACAGGAGGUUAGGUUUCCAAGCCAUGCGUACUUCUGGAUCGUAUUCCAGCAACAACUUAGAUGAGAGUGUUCAUAAUCUGAACGAAAUCCCAAGAAGUAUCGAUCAUGAUAGCUCCAACGAUGGUACAAAUCGCAAUGCGAGCGCUAGCGGUAAUACUAAUUAUGGAGAGAAUGGUAUCAGCAUUACAAAUGGAGAUAACUCUGCACAUAACAUGUUCAACCCGGCGGCAUACAAUUACAGCAUGGCUAAUAGUCAAACCAUCCCUAAUUUUAGAAUCUAUGCCAAUGGUGGGAUAAUAGGUGGAGAUGAAAGUAUCUCUGCAAAUGGUAUUAAUAAUGGCACUGGAAAUGCUGUAAUUGCUACGAUCCAAGAGGAUAAUGGCCACACUACAUCUGCUACCAACGACUUUAUUGCUCCACCCAACAACACUCGGACUCGCGGGAACACACUGCGUGAUGAACUUGUUCAGUAUGAGCCUGUUGUCAUGAACAGUGAAAACAACCAUACUAUGGGCACGGUAAUCAACAAUCCGAUUACUAUCGAUGAUUCACGAGAUGACGUUGUAUUAAUUGAUGCUGCCAAUGGAUCGCCUGCUAUUUUAUCUGAGGAUGACCGUGCUAUGCAAAUCAUUGGCACGCGAGGAGAAGAGCGGAGGGAUCAAAGUAUUGGUCCACAUGAGAAUAAUAGAGACUUGAGGAAUCGGGCGAUUGGUGUGGUCGGCAAUGAGGGGAGUGGACGUGGUUUGAAUUCCGCUGGAGGGACGGAGACUGCUACAAAUACCAUGUAUGCACAAACAACGAUACAACAAGAGGAACGGGACCAAAGCAGCUGCGAUCCAAAUGGGUUCUACUCGAUCAGGUUGACGCCAUCGAUUGACCACUCGUCGACACACCCAUACAUGUUUUUCGGGCCGAUUGUGCGGAAGUUGAAGCCGGGAAAGGGUAUAUCUAUUGGUAGAUAUACGGAGCGGAGCAAGAAGGCGGCGACUGCUGCGUCGGGGUCGUCAGAGCCUGUUGUGUUCAAGAGCAAGGUUGUUUCGCGUAAGCACGCAGAGCUUACGGUGGACGAGAGGGGCAGAUGGUACAUCCAGGACGUCAAGUCGUCGAGCGGAACGUUUUUGAACCACGUUCGGCUUUCCUUGCCCAACACGGUGAGUCCGAGGGUGUUUCUGAACGACUCGGACAUUCUCCAGCUCGGCGUCGACUACCGAGGGGGCUCGGAGGAGAUGUACCGGUGCGUGAAGGUGAAGAUCGAGCUGAACUAUUCGUGGAAAAAGCGGGCUGCUAAAUUUAGCAAGGAGGCGCACGAGAAGUUGAAGCAGUUGACCAAUGUGCUGGGAGGGAACAAGGAGGAGCUGACGCCCUGUGUGAUCUGCUUGGACGAUAUCAAGCCGUGCCAGGCUGUUUUCAUGAGCAGCUGCUCCCACUCGUGGCACUACAAGUGCAUCAGGCCGUUGCUUGUCAAGACGUAUCCGCAGUUCCUAUGUCCGAACUGCAAGGCGGUGUGUGACUUGGAGGCCGAGCUCGAGGACGGGGACGACGAUGCCGGCCCCAGCGAUGACGUCGAGGACGAUGGCGGAGUGGACGCGGUGGACGGGGCUGCACACAGUGCGCGCGCCGGCCUCGACCUCCGCCCAAACCCCAAUGGCACCAGCGCCGGCAGCGGCAGCGGGGGCGACGAUUACGGUAGCAGAAGGUAUGAAGCUAUGGACGAAGAUCUCAUGAGAGACGUUGAGGAAGCGGCGGCCAUGGGAGCAGCCUUUUAGAGCAUCUUUUGCGCCUCUUCCUGCAGCGGCGGCCGUGCGUGGGCUAAUAGAUCGCUGCGGUCGACAGGCACCCAAUUAACGAAACGGGUAAGCAAGCACACCCGUAAGCAGGUAAGUAAGUAAAUAAGUAAGUAAGCAAGCCAGCAGUGUGUACGUGUGUGUGUGCACCGGCUCGAGGGAGACCCGCCCUUUGCGCCUGCCCCCGCUAUCCCUUCCCUGGGCCGGGCCUGCAACGGUCGCCGGCGGAGGCCCGCCGGCGACAAAUCGCGGGGCGAGCAGGUGUCAGACGGGGCGCCCACGGGCCAAUGGCGGCGCGUCGAGUGCGCUCGGGCAUAUCGUGGCAGAGGAGGCGCGGCGGGGGCCUUUGCGGCCGCGUGCCGCCGGCGGCCG